CUCAGUGUUUCCUAUCGACUAGUUUUAUUUGUUGCACUUCCGCUAUGAAAAGCAGCAGACAGGUAGCACCAAAUGGUCUAAACGACUUGAUUUCUCUUUAAAUUGACUCUUUUUGUGUCAUGUCAGCAUGCUACUGUUUUGCCCCACAUGUGGGAAUGUUUUAAUCGUCGAAGAAGGACAAAGAUGUAUGAGAUUCGCUUGUAACACUUGUCCAUAUGUACACAACAUCACCAGAAAGGUAAAUAACAGAAAGUAUCCCAAGCUAAAAGAGGUGGAUGAUGUCCUUGGUGGCGCUGCAGCGUGGGAGAACGUGGAUUCAACUGCAGAAAAGUGUCCAAAGUGUGAGCAUCCCCGGGCUUAUUUCAUGCAGAUCCAGACCAGAUCAGCAGACGAGCCGAUGACAACUUUCUACAAAUGCUGCAACGCACAGUGUGGACAUAGAUGGAGAGAUUGACGGCUGUGUAAUGCAAAAAGUUCAACUUAUUUUCAGAUUCCGCUUUGUCUUUUGAAAAAUUACCUUUCCCCAAAAAUAAAUGUCAUUUAUGCAACA